AGAUAUGACGGAUGAUGCUAAGUACGUAGUGAUACCUCUUCACCAUCGGCCUGAUUUGAUCAAAGACUGUUAAUGAAAUCUCUAAACGUAUCCUGCGACAGUUUUCCCACAUGUUUAGUUUUGAUUAAUGACAAGGACAGGGUUCUUGGACACUGUAAAAUAUCUCUGGUGGCUAAGUCAAAAGUUAGUUGCUUCAUUGAGUCUGUUGUAAUCGACUAUCGGUAUAGAUCUCAAGGAUUAGGAUCUAGAUUGUUACGCGGCGUGGAGGAAUACGUUGCGAGAAGGGGCCUGAAGAACAUCUAUUUAAAAACAGAUGGUCAGGAGGUGUUUUACUACAAGAACGGAUAUAAGGUGUGCGAUCCGUUCAAAGCAUAUGGCAUUAAUGACAUCAUAACCGCCAGUCCACCACUCGGCAGAACCAAAUUCAAGGAACGAAAUGGCGAUCAAUCCGCAGGACAACCGCUACCGCCGCCGCCACCUCCGAUGCCGUCAUUUCAAUUGUCAAAGUUUUUCGACAUGAGAAUGUUAUCCCAAAAGACGCACAUGGUAAAGAAAUUGUGAUACUAGUAUUACAUUUAAAUUUCAUUUCUUAUGCAUUUUUUGCAUGAAUCGAGGCCAACGAACGUUCAUGUCGAUUAAAAUUAGACGCUUAAAAGAAAAGAAAUGAAUAGUACUACUAAGUAAAAUUAAACGAGAGCAGACUAGAAUAAUAUUUAGCAUAUCGCGCUUUAAAAAGGAUUUAAGCCCUCUUUAGGAAAUCAUAUUCAUUAGUACAUAUCGAUUAUGUAAAUAAUUUUUAGGAACAUGAAAUCAUUCACGAAUGAAUGUGCAUUUGAUUUUUCUGUUCAAUCGCAUAAUGUGAUUGAAUGCUAAAUACUUCAAAUUCUAUGCUUACUAUAAGUUAAAAAAUAGAAUUAUUUUUUUAACUUUAUAAUAUAGCUAUUUUUAUAAUUUUAAUUUAUGAAGAAUUAAUAGGCAGGUUUAUCAUCAGCUUGUUAGUACAAUUUUUCUCGUCAAACUAUAUUUAUUUAUUUCUUUAUCUGUUUAUCUGAAAUAUUCUUUAUCUGUUUGUUGUCUUCCAGCAACAAAACCUAAUGCGCUUAAUAUACUCAUUUUCCAUCUAGCUCGUACAAUUCGAAUCAAUUACAUAAAUGUUAAUCUUAUUGAACGUGAUAACAAUUUACAUAAAUAUACAUAUCUAUUUUU